CAUGUCGGAAACGUACACAAACUUUAAAGAAAACGGCAAAAAGAUCAUUGCCGUGUGCAGAAACUAUAGAGGCUUGACUGCGGCACAGGGAAUACCCAACCCAGAAAAACCAAUCCUGUUUAUGAAACCAACAAGCGCCUACAUAUCCGAGGGUCAGAAUAUUAAGAUACCUGUUGGAUGUAAAUUGUUGUAUCAUGAAGUGGAGUUGGGGAUUGUCAUCAGGAAAAGGUGUAAAAAGAUUUCACCAUCUGAAGCUGAUGAUUUCAUUGGCGGGUUCCUACUGGCCCUUGACAUGACUGCAAAAGAUUUUCACAUCGAGGCCAAAGAAAAAUCCAGACCAUGGUUUCUUUGCAAAGGAUUUGACACUUCCUGUCCUGUAAGCAAUUUCGUUUCCAAGGACCAGAUUCCAGAUUACAGUGAUGUAGGCCUGUGGCUGAAAGUUGACGGUGUUAUGAAGCAAGAUAGCAGUACCUCGGAUAUGAUUUUUUCCAUCCCGAAAAUAAUAUCUUACGUCAGUGAGUACUUCACACUGGAGUCUGGUGACGUCAUAUUAACAGGUACUCCGGCAGGAUCUGGACCUGUGUAUGCAGGUCAAUCAAUAGAAUGUGGAAUUGCUGAUAUAGUGUCUAUGAAGUUUUCUGUUGUCGAUACAAUCUGAAUUAAAAAA